AUGGCAGCGCCGCCGCCCCCUCCACCUCCUCCGGCGCGAGGUGGCCUGUCUCUCUACGCGAACCUCCUCGACCCGGUUGUCGACGCCUCCUCGGCCACGAUCUCCAGCGCACCAGUCCGCUACAAUCAAGAUGGUACCGUUGCAGAUGCAAAAGACGACGCAGCAGCGAAGAGGCUCAUAGAUCCAUCCCUCCGCUUCCAGCCUAUCCGUAGGCCACAGGCCAAGACCACAAAACCAAAGCCAACCUUCCCGAAAACGAUACCCAGCGCGAACGCCUCUGCAGGAGCAUCAUCAGCACCGUCGCCCGCAUCCGCGCCCUCGACAGCCCCGCAGCAGCCCCCGCCGCCGAAAAGCACCCUCGCCGACUGGGCCGUCACCGAGGACGACGAGUGGCGGUACAGCGUGAACGCGAACGGCGAUAAAUCCCACCAGCGUGGCGGCCGCCGGAAGAAGAAGAAGAAAGGUCACAAUGACCAGCCGGCUGAGACGAACUGGGACGACAUCUACGACCCGACCAAGCCCACAAACGUCGAGGAGUACUUGCGCAGCGACGAACGAAUUCGCGAGGUGCAGGAAUGGAAGAGGGUGCUAUACCGCCACCGCAGACGCAGGAGCUCAAGCGAUGACAGUGACGAGGAGCCGGCUCGCCAGCAGGCAACAAGUCCGUUCCAACCUACACCCUCCUAUCCCCUCGCAUAUGCUGAAAGACGGUCCGUGACUAACACCUUGCUAGACCAGUUUGCGCCGCCGCCCGAAUACUCCUUCGUCCCUCCACCCCCGGCCUCCCCGCCGCCGGCGUCCGCGGUACAGAUUCCCGACGAUGCAGCCGGCGAAGACGCCUACACUCGCCGCCUAGCUCUCUCCGGAGAUGUACCGCCACCCCCUCCCGACGCCAAUCUUCCUCCUCUGCCACCUCCGACAGACGCAGCAACCAUAUCCCGCGCGCCCGUUCGCUACACCCCGUCCACGGAACCCCAACCGGCAGCAGAAAAGGGAGACUCUGACCGAGACUCUCCUCCUCCAGCCUUCGGCCUCGGCGCCACCCCCGCCGACGCCGACGACGAACCGCCCGUACCGCGCUCAUCCCGCCCAGGCCAAGCCGGCUUCGCUCAGCGCCUGAUGAGCAAAUACGGCUGGACAAAGGGCUCCGGCCUCGGCGCUGACGAGUCCGGCAUCGUCAACCCGCUUAGGGUGCAGGUGGAGAAGCGCAAGAAGAGGUCUGACGCCGAGGGCGGCGGCUGGGCUGAGCCCGCCAACCGUGCCAAGGUCCUCGGCGGGAAGCGCAAGGACGACGCUGAGGGCGGCAAGUUCGGCGGGCCCAUGAGCGAAGUCAUCGUGCUGCAGCAGAUGCUUGAUAACAUGGAAGACCUUCGGGGAGAGAUCGCAAAUGGCCUGGGACAGGAGAUUGGGGAAGAGUGCGGCGAGAAGUAUGGCCGUGUUGAGCGCUUAUAUAUCGACGUCGAAAACCGGCAGGUCUUCAUCAGGUUCACAGAUCAAGUUUCCGCACUUCGCGCCGUCAACGAACUGGAUGGCCGCGUCUUCAACGGCAACACCGUAGUGCCCAAGUUCUAUGACACGGAAAAAUUUGAGAGAGGGGUCUAUCAGUAG